AUGAAGGGCGAGAUUCUUCACCUCCACCUGGGCCAGGCUGGUACCCAGCUCGGUAACUCUGCUUGGGAGCUCUACCUCCUCGAGCACGGCCUCGGCCCCGAUGGUCGUCCCGACCCCAAUGCUGGCGAUAUCGGUGAGGGAGGCUCCUUCGAGACCUUCUUCACCGAGACGAGCAGCGGCAAGCAUGUUCCUCGCUCCAUCUUUGUCGAUCUCGACCCCUCUCCCAUUGACGAGAUCCGAACUGGUGGUUACCGCCAGCUCUUCCACCCCGAGCUGUUGAUCAGCGGCAAGGAAGAUGCUGCCAACAACUAUGCUCGUGGCCACUACACCAUUGGCAAGGAGAUGGUCGACAAUGUCAUGGACCGCAUCCGCCGUGUGGCUGACAACUGCCACUCUCUCCAGGGCUUCCUUAUCUUCCACUCCUUCGGUGGUGGUACCGGCUCCGGUUUCGGUGCUCUCCUCCUCGAGCGCCUCUCUACCGAGUACGGCAAGAAGUCCAAGCUUGAGUUCGCCGUCUACCCUGCUCCCCGGACCUCGACCGCUGUUGUUGAGCCUUACAACGCUGUUCUGUCGACUCACAGCACCAUUGAGAACUCUGACUGCACAUUCCUCGUCGACAAUGAGGCCGUCUACGACAUCUGCCGUCGCAACCUCGACAUCCCCCGUCCUUCGUACGAGCACCUGAACCGCCUGAUCGCCCAGGUUGUCAGUUCCAUCACCUCGUCUCUCCGAUUCGACGGUGCUCUCAACGUCGAUCUCAACGAGUUCCAGACCAACCUGGUUCCUUACCCUCGAAUUCACUACCCGCUCAUCAGCUACGCUCCUGUUAUUUCCUCGGCCAAGAGCGAGCAUGAGAGCUUCAAGGUCCACGACCUCACCUUCCAGUGCUUCGAGCCCAACAACCAGAUGGUUGUUUGCGAUCCCCGAAACGGCAAGUACAUGGCCGUCGCUCUCCUAUACCGUGGCGAUGUCGUCCCCCGCGACUGCAACGCUGCCAUUGCUGCCCUCAAGGCCAAGGCCUCAUUCAACCUCGUCGAAUGGUGCCCUACUGGUUUCAAGCUCGGCAUCAACUACCAGAAGCCCAUGGCUGUCCCCGCCGCUCCCGAGGAUGGUGGUCUUGCUUCCGUCAAGCGAUCCGUUUCCAUGCUUUCCAACACCACUGCCAUCGCUGAGGCCUGGUCGCGUCUUGACUACAAGUUCGACCUUAUGCACAGCAAGCGUGCUUUCGUCCACUGGUACGUCGGCGAGGGUAUGGAGGAAGGCGAGUUCACCGAGGCCCGUGAGGAUCUCGCUGCUCUGGAGAAGGAUUACGAGGAGGUUGCUGCCGACUCGUUCGAGCCCGAGGAGGAGGUCGAGUACUAAACGGUCGUAUCUUGGGACUGGCUUGUAUAACCUCUUUCGACUUCUUUCGAGGCGUGUUAGAGCGAUGGUCUUGCCAGGGCUCACGCCUAUGGCGAUGCAAUCUACAGAGAAGAGAGCUGUGGAUUAUGUUGAUUAAGAUUCCCGAUAUUUGUUGUUGGGUGGCACAUGAAGAAGGAAGGAUGUGUUUACCACUAGACGCCAGAGUUUGGCUCAGGGUAUCCCGCUAGCACGUGGUCUUUUUCUCUUGGACCCAGGUCCUAAUAGACGAGGUUAUCCCUUGACACAAGUUGGCACUUAUUUCUGAUAAAGCAGGCAAGUAAAUUUGAUGAUAUCUGUUUCUUCUUUAAUGAGAGUAAAUUGGAGCAUU